AGGUGACCCAGAUCUUCAACGAAAGACUUCAGGAGGACACGACCUUUCAGGGUCGAGUCACCGCGGAGGUCAUGUCCGUGGUGCUGGAAUCUUCCACCACUCAAUCUUCGACCACUCAGGAAGUCGUUCUACCUCAUUCUACGAGGCAACCAAUGAUCAGCGAGGAUCCACCAACGGAAGCUGAUCUUGAUCAGAUGUCAGUCUUCGCGCUUAUCCUGACGGCACUUCUGGUGACCCUUUGCAGUGCGAUGGUGACAUACUGGCAAAUCACCCGCAGGUUGGCAGUUGGGGCCUCAGAGGUGGAUCAGAUGGAGAAGAAUUCAUUCAGCAGAAUGAUGGGCAUGCCGGAUGAUGAGCCACCUGAGCCAGAUGUUCCUAUGAGGAUACCUGAGUUGGAGAGCAUGUCCGCGUGCCCAGGGUUGACUCAGAUUCCGCCAAGACGCAAGAGGCAGUCGAGUGUCCACGAUAGUACUUCCAGUGAGGUGGAAGAUGUGCACCCCAGCGAGUGGCUUGAAUGCACCAGUGUGAGGGACACCCGAGCCAAUGCCUGAGCACGAGCCAAUCGAGGUGACGGCGCAGGCGCAGGUCAGCGAGAGUAUGAUGGAGCGCCAAAGACUUAUGCGCUGCCACAGGUAGAACACCCAAGGCCUAAAGUGAUGGAUGACACACCGCAGAUAGCGCAGAACUGCGUGGGCCAAUCCUGUGAACAUGCAGGAUGCAGGCCUGCCAGGGGUUCAACACAACGGCCCGCAGCCAUCCCGAGCUGUGGGACGUUUUGCCACGCGUAGGCGGUGCCAGCUGCCAAGCAAGCUGUGGCCCUGCUGUUGAUCCUGGCUGCCCUGAUUCAUGUUUUUUUCUUGGCCGUUUUCAAUCGAACGACGUCCAGCCGCUGUCCAGCCUUGUUCAUCG